GCUGUUCUCUAAUUGUCACUGUAACUGGGUGUGCCAUCACUUGUGACAUCCGCGUGAUAAUAACGGAUGUUCUCGUAAUUGUUAUCCGUUGGGCUGUCCCUGUAAUCUGUACUGUCCCACAUGAGGAAUCCUCCAGGUGACACUUAGGCCGAGACGAGGUUUGAUCUGUCGCGACUCGCCAUCGUGGUCUUCAAAUGUAAAUGAAAUUGAUGCUGUAUUCAUCACACCUGGAGUCUCCAUGUGGUGGCCUUUUAAACACUAUUUAAAUUAGCCUUCAUUUAAAUUAUGGCCUUUGAUGAUCAUGUUAUCCCUAAACCAAAAGAUCAAAACCUCAGUGUAAUGGACUGUAAAAAUAUCUAAAUAUAAAUAAGACUACAUAAGUAUGAAACAUAAAUAAGUACACAGAAGACAAGUAACGACAUCAAAGUAAGUCCAUUUAUGUAUUUUUCAUCCGAGGGACAGCAGUUUAGAGAAAACUGACCACACUAAAUGAUUUAUUAUCUUUUUUUGCAAACAAUUGGAUUUUUUACGGAUAUUUUCUGUACAAAACACCCAUCUACAUCCAAAAGAGUCAUCUCCAUCUGAUAGCAAUUACGUUAAUUAUACAGUUUACACCAUAACCAGCAGUCCUGGUAUGUGUUUAUCACUAUUACUAUUAUUUCACUUUAUGUCGGACAAAAGAGACAGACGUAUUUUCGAUUUUCUGUAUGUUUAACAUUUGACAAUUUAAAAUUAAAAUAACUUUGAACUUUUGUUUACCACUCCUGUUUCAGUAGCAUAUAUAUAUAUUUUUUAAAUUUUUAAACCCAAAAGACACACAUAGGGAGGAAAAGAAAGAAUAAAAUACUACAAUCCCAAAACAUUAUGAAUAAUGACGAACCAACAUACGGAUUGAUUUCUAGUCCCUUUACUCUGUGUUCAACAGAGGAGUCCAUUACAUUUAUUGUAAUGUCUAGUAUUGUGUCCUUAAAGUUACCCAAUCUUGGAUCUUUGAACCUAUCAACUGUUCACUGACAAUAAAAUAACAAGUAGUGAAAAGAGCAAAUACGCCCUCUAGCGGCGGCAGGAGGGAAGCACAGGGCGCUGCUGAACGCGAAGCUUCAAAGACUUAAAAGAUUAACACCAAUCAUUCGAUUAUUUUGAUAUAGAUUUAGAUUUCAUUUUCAUUUUCAAACAGAGAUAAGUGGUAACAAGUAAAGAAUGUUAACAACAUAUUUAAAUAUUUUAUAUAUUUAUAGAAAAAUAAAUAGUAGCAUGUCCUCGGUGUUACGGUUAUGAAAGAUUUUUCAUUUGGGGAAUUAUUUAUGUAUUUGAACUUGAUUGCUUUAAAACAUUCAGCAACAACUAUUUACUGGAAUAUAGUUUUACCCUUUGGGUUUCUUGGCUGUUUAAUUCAAAUUUAAACCCAAACCAAUAAAAAGAAUAAUCAGUUUCUAAGCAAGGCGUAGAAUAAAUAAACAAAAAAUUAAUAAUUAAAAAAACUGUUAUAGAAUAGUAGAGGUUACAGGUAUAGGGUUUUGUAUGUCUCUAAAUUUGAUUGACGCGUUCACAUGAUGAUUUUCAAGAAAACCCAUGGCAUUAACUAUGAGAUAUUGUUGAAUUGGUAUAAACAUAAACUCCACUGUUUACUUUCAUUAAUUUUAUUCAAGAAUGAACUAUCCGAAAAAGUGUCAAUGACACAACUUUUAUUUUGAAUUAAUAGAGCGACGCACUUCCUUCUGCCAGCUUGAACCCGGCGAGGUUCGAUCGUUGUGCGCCGGACGAAAGGACUUCGCGAUGAAGUAAGUAGACGUAAAAACAAAAUGAAUACUACCGAGAAGAAGCUGGCGGACUUGAUACGCGAACACCCGAAUCUGUACGACCAAUCGCGGCGGGACUACAAAGACAACCUCAAGGGGCACCUCUCGUGGAGGGAUAUCGCGGACGGCAUGGGAAAGUCGGAGGAGGAGGUGAAACUGAAAUGGAAAAAUCUACGCGACAAGUUCUGCAAGGCGAAGAAGCGACUCGCCAAGAGAACCCUGCCGCUGCUGACCGACGACGACAACCAGGUGGAGAGGCCCGUCCCGGUGCUGUACAACCAACUGGCCUGGCUCAGCGCCUACGUCAAGCCCAAAGUGGAGACGGGCACGGGGGAAGCCGACGAGGGAGCUGGAAGUGGUGAUGACGUGGAGAAAGAGCAAGAUAAAGACGAGAAGGAGCAGCAUUGCCCCCUGCCUGUCGUUACCACAAGCUUUUCUCUUGUGGAGUCCAGUCCAAACAACCAUGAGGAGAUGGGAGUCUCUCUUAAACGUAAAAGGCAAACAGCCACAGAAACUGAGAUAAGCUCUGCCGAUGCCCUCGCCAACCUCCGAGAUGAAGACGAACUGUUUCUGCUCAGCCUCCUGCCGUCACUGAAGAGGCUGACCAUUAAAAAAAGAAUGGAGGUACGGAUGAAAUUCCAGCAAGUGCUUUAUGCUGCAGAGUUCGAGGGUUAAAGGGCUCAUUGUGUGGCAUUACAAAUGUCAUCGAUGGCCAAGCUUGUUCUGACGUAAGUUUGAUUCUUAAGGCAUUCAACCUGUAAAUAUAUAUUUUUUACCAUCACAACUUUUUUAUAUUUAUUUUUUGGGGCACCACUGCUAUUAAUAGUGUCACUAUGUAGAUCUCUAUAAUUCAGUGUUGUAUCUAAAGCUUUAUUUCUUGGUUUGAAAACAGAAAAGUAUAUUAUUUUGAAUGUAGCUGAUGGAACCCCCUUCUACAAUAAGAGUCAACAUAGUUAGUUAACAUGGUACACAUUUACAAUAAAUGAAAUUCAGCCAGAUAUACCAGCAUAACUCCCUCCUUUUUGAAGCACAUAAUGUUCAUUUAAUUGGGCAAAUUUGGCAAAAUAUGUGUGUAAGUGUACGGUAGACUCUCUGAUGAUGUAGUUAGUCGGAGUAUGAACAAUCUGAAAAUGAAUUUGGUUGAUAAACCUUUUUAUUGAAAAAUAUUUUUUACAUUUAAAGAUGGCACACAUGAAUGCCACAAUUAACUAAAUGUAAACACUUUGAACAGUACCCACAGACAUUACCAUAUAUGUAUAUAUAUAUAUAUGAUCAUGAAAUGCUUUUCAGUGAGCAUUUUGAAAUGACUGCAAAUAACUUGAGCUAGAAAUGGGGGAAGUUAUGAAACAGUCAAUUUGAUCCGAGUUAUUUCUGUGAUUCUGCUCGGCAACACUGCCCGCUUCUUUUUUAUCCAAUAUUUGUAGAUUAGAUACAACUCUCUGACUGUACAUAUAUACAUAUCUCCAUCAGUAAAAUAUAUAUAUAUAUUUUAUAAAUAAAUAUUUUCCUGUUACAGAAAAAA